AUGCGCUCGUUCCAUGUCUGGUUGAAGCACCGGCGCCCCAAGCUAUCCCAAGAUGCGCCACAGACGACGCCCCCACUUCCAAACUUCAUCCGCGAGAUGGAUUCACCGCUACUCGAGGAAUUUCAUGCCGUGGGAUCGUACGGAAACCUGGGCGGAAAGUGUCUACUUCCCCCUUAUCGAGAACGAUAUCGUUCAAUCUCGUUGCCGGUUCAAUCAUCCAAGAGCCUACGUGUGUUAGACCUGUCACGAUGCACUAUAGACAGUGCCGGCUCAGUCGCUACAUGCGCUCCUGCAUACGUGAAGCUUGUGAGCUGCCCAGGUAUCUGGGAUUGCCAGGACAUUCGUCCAGAUCAAGGCGUCGCAGCGGAUCGUAACAAUAUCAACGUCCCGCAGAGCCGCCUGCCCUUCGCGUUCACCGCUCUCCGCGAACUACACCUGGACCAGGACUCCAUGCCUUCUGCGCAGGCGCUUGCAGCUUUGGGCAGUAUUAUGCUGCCUGCACUAGAACAACUUCGCCUGUGUGGGCCCCUCGUUCAAGCGCUAGAUACACUCAACGGGUUCAGAUACCCGCCUACGGCCACCGUCGACCUGUCAUGUGUCUGGAGCUACUGGCUGCGUCCUCCGGAGCAGGAUGGAUUUGAGAUCGAGCCUUCAUCGCCUCCUGCCUUCAACGGCUUAGCAGAGAAAUACUUAGAUGAGGAUUCCUCUCUCCCUCGUGCGACAUCGAUGGUGGUUAGCAUACAGGACACGGAUGUGGACCUGGAAUGCAUCUCGGAGAGUGGACAUGCUUUCCUUUCUGUCCAUGUCCACGUCCCGACGCAGCGGAGACGCGACACCAUCUUCGAGGCAUUCCUCGCGAGCGCCUUCUCUGUAUUCUCGGGUGUGCGGCAACUGAUCGUAUCCAGUCGCUUUGGAUACGAAACCUCGCGUCGUUGCCGGUGGUAUGGCGCCGCCCUACACAGGCUCGCAGACGUCACGAAUCUCGUGCUCAGCUUCCAGGCUGCACGACAUCUCCUCGAGUUUUGCGAAGCGAAGCGCCGCGAAAGUGUCCAGCAUCAUGCAUUUCCAUCACUUGAAGAGAUGGUACUCAAGGCGACUGGUACCGGUGGUCCCUUUCGAGUCACACGUAGUGACGAUAUAGAAACGAUCACUCGACUCCUUGAGGCAGAGCUUGCCGCUAGGUCCACCCCGUUCCAGAUUACAUGGGAAACUACCGACGCUGCCACCCGUGCACUCGACUACUGGCAUGAUCAGACUCCCGGCACAUCGUCAAGAUCGCGAAGACUCGCAUGA